CACAUAGUGGAGAAACCAGGCAAUUACAAGAAAGUUCAGGAACGUGCUGGAGUUCGCGGAGUCACAAUAUAAAGCGUGAGCCCUGAGAGCCGAGGCAGAAGCAACGCAGAGCUGACGCUGAGCGAACUCCCAGAGCUAAGUAGAGACGACACUGAAGGACCACUGACCAUGCUGUGCUCCCACGUGUUCCAGCCUUCCUUCGGACCACUGAUGGAGUUCCACUGGCCGGUACGCAGCAUCUGGCCACACAUGCGACCUCUGGCACUUCAGCAUGAGAUGCUGCUGAGGAGCAUGCAGGAUAUGAGCACCAGCAUGGGUCUCCUAGAGAAGGUUCAUGAGCAGAUCCUGCAGGAGAUGGAUAAAGUGCCGUGUUCUUUGUCCACCAAACCGCUCUCCUGCCAGAUGGAGAAAGAUGGAGACGACUUUGCCCUAACCCUGGACACUAAGGACUUCUCCCCAGAGGAGCUGUCCAUCAAGCAGAGUUCUGAAGCGCCUAUUGGCUAA